AUGGCCACGCGGAGGAUACAAGAGCGUCAUGGAAGCUGUAUGUCUGCAUCUGCCCAACGGUUGCAGGGCAUCCAACUGCAGCGAAAUCGGGGAUACGGGAGGUUGCACUGCCUCGUUCAGAUCAGAGAAGCGGAAUUCUGCGUCGUGAUCAACGAGGUGGUCAACAAGCCGGAGGACAUCGGCGACACGAAGGGCGUCGAUUUCCUGGAGCUGAAGAACGACUGCGAGCAGAGCAUCGACAUGACCGGCUGGGUCAUCAGCGACGAGGACGGGAAGGAGUUCGUUAUGGGUGCCGAGGGCUGUGAGGGGAAGCACGUGAUCGACGCAAAUGGCUACUUUGUAUUCUUCAGAGAAUCGGACUGUUCGUUUACUUUCGGAUUCACGAAAAAUGACAAGGCCACCCUGAAGGACGGAACGGGUCUCGUGAUGGACGAGACGGAGUGGUCUGAGGGCGACGCCGACAAAGGUUUCUCGUGGUCCAGAAUUCCCGACGGCAGCGGCCCGUUCCAAACCAGCCUCCCCACCGCGGGCGUGCAGAAUGUGGCAGCGUGA